CCCGCCCGCGGCCCGGCCGCGCUUCCGCCCGCGUCAGCUGACUGCUGCCAACGAGCGGUCCCGGCCCCGGUCCCGGCCCGCCGAGCGGCCCCGCCAUGGCGGGGGUGGUGGUCAGCGGAGACCAAGUGUCCUACAUAAGUCAAGACUGUGAAGAAAUUCCAGAAUUCCUGGGAAGAAAAUAUGGACAUAUGGCAAAAAGGCUAGAUCUUAGCUUCAACUUGUUAAGGUCACUAGAAGGACUGAAAACAUUCAGUUACUUGGAAGAGCUGAUCUUGGACAACAAUCUACUCGGAAAUGACCUUCUGCUACCCAGGUUACCUCACCUCCAUACCUUAACGCUCAACAAGAACCAAAUAUCAGAAUUGGAGAGCCUUUUGGACCAUUUGGCUGAAGUUGUGCCCUCGCUACAGUAUCUCAGUUUGCUUGGAAACACGGCCUGCCCGAACGAACUGGUCUGCAAAGAAAAGGACGAAGACGACUACCAGAGAUACAGAUAUUUCGUCCUGCACAAAUUGACAAACCUGAAGUUUCUUGAUACUCGGAAAGUAACCAGAAGGGAGAGAGAGGAAGCCUUGGUAAGAGGCGCCUUCAUGAAAGUGGUUAAGCCCAAGGAUGCUAAGGCCUCCGGUGAUGCUGCCUCCACCUCUCCAGAGAUGCACUACACCCCUCUGCCGUCGGGAUCCAGAGACCUCACCAACCACAGAGGCAUAUUGGGAAAAUGCCGCUACAUUUACUAUGGAAAACAUUCCGAGGGCAACAGAUUCAUCCGAGAUGACCAGCUAUAAAACGCAGUGUGGUUUCUGGCCUCUUCAAUCCCUCCACAUAAGAAGCACAAAUUGCAUCUGAAUUUUGAGCAUGUAACUAAAGUCCUCUCGUGCCUUCUGCUGACUUUGCCAAGCCUGUCAAGAUCAUCCUUCUAUCUUAGUCUGAGUAGUCACAUAGAGAUUGACAUGAUUGCCUUUAAGCAGGUCCCAUCCACCAGUGUGACAGACAGCUGCAGCCGAGCACCCGGCCUGACAGGAGGAGCACCGUGAUGGAUUGCCUGGUCCAAUUGCUGCUUGCAGGAGAGCAGGGGUCACACCUGGGGCUGCAGUGAGCAUGCUCCAUCGGUCGGCACCUUAGCAAAAGCAGCGCGGUUAUCUCCCGCGUGCCUGUUGAGCGAAAGUGGCUGGUGAUAUCAAAGUGUUUAUAAAAGAGAGAGGCUAUAAUUUCAGAUGAAAAAGCCCUUAUCUGUUCGUAUUUUUUUCCCUGUGAAUUAAGUGCUUGUGUUUCUAUCGUCUCAUACGUGCUUAUACAAAUCCUUUCAUGGUGGGAUUUUUCUGUUUGGUCUCGUCCCUCCCCUCCCAAAUGAGCCUAGGUGGAUUAUUUUUUUCUUUCAAUAGGGGAAAAAAAAAAUAUAUCCUGAAAGUAUUUCAGCCAUGCAAAGUACUAUCAAUUUAUAUAUUUAUAAAAGGAAAAGGAUCUAAGCAAUUUUGCAGACAAACAAAAUUUGGUCAUUCUUAAAUUACAUCUAACUUUGACCUUCAGAAAAGGGACCGUUUUUGAACGCUGUAGAAUUGUGGCACUGUAUAUACUUGGAAGAAGCCCUCACCUGUGAUAUUGACAGCGUGUAUUAUUCCUGUUUUACUGCACAAGAUAUUUUUAACUUGUAUGGAGGUUACAUUUAGAAUUACAUGCUUAAAUUUGAAAAGAAAAAAGUGCUUAGAAAGAGUGAUAUAAAAUAAAAUUGCCACCAGAUGGAUAUGAUUAGUCAGAGGGGAAAAAAGUCAACAAAAGUAAAUGAUGGAAUUAACGUAACUAACAGCUUUACGAAUAUGUUCUAGAGAAGAGUUCUGAUUAAUCUCUUUUGACGUCUACGUAAGAAAGGCUGUUGUCAAAUUUUCAGUGGAAGAAAUAAAAAUACAUGGCAUAUUUCCUGCUUUGCUGAUAAAUAGGUUGGACAUACUUAGAAUCAUGAAGUUGUUACUGUGGGGGGUGGGGGGGCGAAAUUCCCAGUACUUCGUACAUAUAUUGUGUUGAGCGCUACUGGAUGCAGUGGGAUUGGCAAGGGAAUAUGCAAACAUUCUGACCUCUGGGCUGCUCCAGACCCAUGCAUAUUGGUCCCAGUCCAGCUGUCUGGCUGUUCUUGGCUUGUUUGAAGUUACUUGGUGGUCUUUAUUCACUUUCCUGGUUGAAAAAAAAUGUCACUUUUUGGAAGUUGCCUACUUUUGGGGGGCUGUUAGCAGCGAGUGGUGCAGGUGGAAGUGAACUGGAUGUUGAAGCCAAGUGUGAAAUCAGGUUUGACCGAUGAAAAAGAAUGAGACGCUGGCAGGGUGACAGAGGAAGGCUUGCUGCUGCUGACCGUUUAGGCCUUACUCAGUAAAUGGAAGCCUUCACUCACUCUGAAAGUCAAUAAUAAAUCUUUAACGGAUACUUAAAAUUAGUGAUGAAUGUAGAACGAUCCAGUUCACACCACCUGCGGCUCAGAUUGAGCUCUGAGCUGUUUGCCAUACAAAUUUCUGUCUGGAAAGCGCAUUUUGGCCACUUGUAACGCCUCUGCUAAUGUCAUACGUGGCUACGAAUGAAAUGCCAAUUCGCAUUAGAAGUCCUAGCAGAUAUUAGAUAAAGGAAAACUGCAUGCCUCUUUUUUUCUUUUCCUUUUUUCUUUUUUUUUUAAUCAAAAAUAUCAUUAGACAUCUUUAGGGCACUGGUCAUCUCUCUGGGUUACCAAAAUAACAGCAAUCCUAGUUGUUCCUAUCAUGUUGUCUGUCUCGAAGCCUCCACAUGUUUUGUCCAUGGCACGUUACAAGCAGCAGGGUUCUGAGUAGGGGUGUUUAGAAUAACCUAAUGUCACUUUCAGUCCGGUUGCAUAUAUGUUUGUGUCUUUAUAAAAGGCUUUAACCCUGCCUCAAACAAUAAAGAGCACUUGCAAACUGA